AUGUCUCUGGUUUUUGCAGCAAACAGUCCUAAGAGCGCCUGGGUGAGCGACUGGUACCGAGACUGGCGCCCAAGGUGCGAAGGCGCGAGGAGGGCCGAGAGAGGAAGGCGCUGGCUGCUGCCAAGGUCGAGCGUGCGAUUGAACGAGUUCUCAUCGACCGUCUUCGCUCUGGUGCGUAUGGAGAUCGCCCGCUCAACGUCGAGCCGAAUGUGUGGAAGCGAGUCAUGCGCGGUCUCGAGAAGGAGGGUCAAGUCGAGCGAGACGAGGACCUCGAUGACGGUAUGGAAGAAGAGGACGAGGAGAACGAGUAUGAGCACGAGACGGAGAACGGCGUGGGCGAAGUCGAGUACGUGA